AGUGUUUAAUGUUGGACAAUGGCUCCAAUGUUGGAGCCAUUGCCUAUAUUGGACAUGAACUCGUGGGGGGGGGCGGAGGAUAGGCUCGGGGGAAUGACUGAUUCAUGGGAUUGUUGGAAUUUUAUCUGAAAGCUACGUUUGGGGGGUUAGGACGGAGUAUUGGGGAGCCGGGGUUAACGCUCAGAGAAUUACAUCUCUCGCGCGCUGGAUACGCUGCAAGAAUGGCGGAUGCUUGGCUGGGCAAGGCGUACGGAAUUGCGGGCUGUGAAAAUUCGAACGGAUACGAUUCUGGUCACUUGCUUUCAGACUGCCGAAACCGUGGUGACAGUGGAGCUCGAUCAUUGCGGAUACCUAGUGACAGAAGAUUCCGGUUGGGUGGAAAGUGCGAAAUGCUCGUCGAAAACCGAGUGACUAAUGGUGAUCCUAGAGCCUUGGGUCCAAUGGACAAUAUCUGGUCCUACGAACACCAACAUAAGCGAAAGCCUGCAGGGGUAUGAUACGGGAAUGAGAAUGAGCCUAGUGGGUGUUGCGACCAGCGAGCCCUAUUUGCAUCAAUGUCAGAAUUUUAUCCUCCUCACCCUACGAGUAUAUUGACCUGAUUGAUGCGGGAAAACUUUAUCAUCAAUGCUUAUCAAUCAGGAAAAAUCUCUUAUCGGAGGCCUUAUCUCCGGAGGGUUAUGGCUACGGUAUUUUCACCGGAUCAAGUUGUUGUUUGAAUGCCGAUCCAACCUGAGGUUCCGGUGGGAAAUCAAUGGUAGACUAGGGCUCAGACGCAGUCUCACCCCGGCGCUAGAUCCCGGUAUCUCCGUGGUGGAAGUUUCCCAACCUUGGAGGGGCAUGGGGAAGCAGGAAUACCGUACUGGUACAGCACAGUUCCCCAAUGGGGAUCAGUAAUAGGUAUUUUUUUGCUACCCUGCUUUGGCGGGUUCAGCCCGCCAAAUAUCCCUAUUU